AUGGACCGCCAACUUGAAUCCCGCCUCCUGAUAGAGUCCAUCACCAAGCCCACAAAACUUUCCUCGAAAGACACCUACUCCCACCUGCAAAACUUCCUCCACUCCCUCCCCGUCUCCCCACAACGCACGCAGCUGGAGCGUCUCACCGAUGCUCUCGGUGUCGAAGUCGGCCAGAUUGAUAUCAGUGAAGGGGAGAGGCGAGAGGCUGAGCGAGAGGCGAGGAGACUAGAGGCUAGGCAGGAGAGGAGAAAAAAGAGGGAAGAAGAGGAGGAGGCUCGAAAGCAGGCCGAAUUGGAAGGAGCUGUUGAAGGUCUUGAAGAGGAAGAAGAGGGUGACAUGGAGAACGGCGCUGUCGGUCAGGAAGGGGAGGAGGGUAUGGAGGACAGGGGUGAUGUCGAAUACGGCGAUGUCCCAAACGAGGACGGUGACGAUGAGCCCGACAACGAGGACCAGGCUGAGCAGAUGGACGAAGACUCUGAUUAA